GGCUAGUAUUUGUGUCAUGUUCCGCAGUGUCCGGAAGUAUGUGUCUUAUUUAAUCCACUGUGAGGCAAAGGUUGUUCCAUCAAUAUUAUCUGAGUCGUCUCAGGCGCUUUCUUGUCUCAUUUACGAUCGAGGCGGCUUCAGGAAUGCCACAAAUGUGACGUACCAUGGGCAACACUGAGUGUGUGGUGGUGCAGAAGCGACUGUCCCGCUUCCGUCCCGAAGAUCGGCCAGUGAUUGAAGGAGUGUUUGAUUGCCUUCAGGGCAAUGCUGUGAUUCCUGAAAAAGCCCAAAAGAAAACACAAGCAGAAGACACACUGACCUUUGAGAUGCUGCAGGCCUCCAUGUGCAUGCUGGCAUCAGAAUCAAUGAUAAGGAGGUCAUACCAAUGCAUGUGUAGUAUUGACUUUGGAACCACAGCAGCUGGCAAAGUCAGUACGUCCCCCACUUCAGGAGUGUGUCGCGAGCAAUUAGUCAUCUUCCUUGCAGACACCCUACGGGGUACUGCAGAAGAACGGGCUCCUCUUGUUAUGGCUAUGUGCCGGAACAGAGCGUGCUCUAAGGUUGUCACCUCUGAGCAACUAACAGAGUUCUUACAGGACCUGAUCUCUGCCAUCAUUCAUAUUCUAGUCUAUAAAGGACUCCUUCAAGGGUGGAAACCAGACAAAAUGGGUGAUGGAUCUCAGUGUGUUAAACUCUUGGCAGAGCAGAUGUGUUCAGAACUGAAACCUACAGACCAGGGAGGAUAUGAUGUUGCCUGUUUGGAGGACUGGAUCUUUAGAGUACCUCAAGUAUCUUUAUACCUGGAGAUGUUGGUGGCUGAGGGACUAAAUGUUUGGCCAAGUGUGCAGCCAGCCCUUUCUCUGUUGCCCCCUUGUAAGGAGACACGCUGGAAAGAUCUACAGUGUCUGUUGGAUAUUCCCACCCUCAUGUUUCUUGCACCACAGCUGCCUGACAGAUGUAAUUCACCAUGGAGGCUUGUGUUUUCCACACUGUUGCAUGGCGAGAGCUUCACGAGGAUGGUGGCAGGUCUGACUAAGUGUGGACCCACCUUGCUGCUCAUCAAAGACACAAAGGGAUAUGUUUUUGGUGGCUUUGCCUCCCUCAGCUGGGAAGUCAAACCACAGUUUCAGGGUGAUUCCAGAUGUUUCCUGUUCUCCGUGUUCCCCAGACUGAGAGUUCAUACAGCCACAGGUUACAAUCAACACUUCAUGUAUCUCAACCAGAAUCAGCAGACCAUGCCCAACGGACUGGGCAUGGGCGGCCAGCACAGGUACUUUGGACUGUGGUUGGAUAGUGAUUUUGGACAUGGUCACAGCCGUGCACAGCCAAAGUGUACAACGUUUGGAAGCCCUCAACUCUCGGCGGAUGAGGAGUUCAUUUUGGACUCAAUGGAAAUAUGGGCAGUAGGAAAAAUCUCUGAACUGGAGGAGCACGCGGUGCAACCAGAUCCUCCCACAGAAUGUCAUCUUCGGUGCCAUCCAUUGUGUUUGUGAGGCAGCACUUUUUGAAUCCCUUGAUGAUGAUGUUGGUAUCAAGCUCUUCCCAUGCUUCCUUAAUCCAAGUGGCUAUGGCCAGGAGGUCCACCUUCUUUAAAUUACCUCCUGCUGUGAACUGGUGAUGCCCAUUCGCCAUCCACUCAGUCCAUCGCCGCCGCAUGGAUGUCUUGAAAGAGAUCCUUGAUGACUGGCAUCCUGUGGCAGCGGAAGGCAUCCAACACAAGCAUUCUUCUUUUGAUGGAUGGAUUUGCGCACCAGACAGUCUUCACCCAGUCUUUAGUCAGUGCCUCGUCCAUCCAUCCUUUGCGCUGGCACCUGACAAUUACACCAGAAGCCCACACUAUGUUCUUAGGGAAGGUUUUUCUUUUGAAUAUUAUAUAGGGACGCAUUUUCUUCCCAUCCCCAUAUGCCCCUAGCAUAACCGUGAACCUGUUCUUUUCGUUCCCAGACGAUUUAAUUGGUACAGUGCCUGUUCCUUUGAAGGCCAUGGUGCGAUUUGCCGGUAAAUCAAACGUGCUCUUGCUGAAGCCUUUGCCUCAUCAAAUUGAUUUUUUUUCUUCCUCCAGAGUCUUAUGUUUGACUCAUUGACGUCAAAUUGGCGCGCAGCUGCCCUAUUGCCUAAUUCUUCUGCCACUUCAAUGACUUUCUUUCGAAAUGCUACAGUAUAACUUGCUCUCUUAUCCAUUUUGAUGAAACUGCUAAUUAAACCGAACUCUCGCUAAUUAGUAAAUAGCUGACGUGUCUUGCGCAUCCGUUCUGCGCAGCUGACCCAUAGUGCGCAUGCGCAGUCAUACUGCUUCCGCGCAUGCGCAGUCAUACUGCUUCCGCAUGACGUCCGGUCCACGAUGCAGAUUAAAAAACAAACAAUAAAAACAACACACCAUCAAGGAUUGCACCAUCGCAUCAAACGAUGUGUCGUCAAUUAUGAAUUUUACUGACUAAGUGUGUUGGGCAGGAUGGCUGAAUGCGAUGCGCGAUUGACAACAAGAAGAAAGAUGAUUUCAAGUUUUAUUUCGGGGGAGAUUUGUCAUGUCUCGUCCCCAGUUUUGCUAUGUGUCUAGGUUGCCAUAGUUUCUGUUCGCGUCGCCCCUCUCUUCCUGUGUCACCUCAAUCGAUGUAACGUGUUUUGUAUUUAAGUCCUGUCUGCCCCUCGCUCACCGUCGGAUCAUUGCAUGUGUUACUGUCAUGAUGUGGUUUCUGUUCCUGUCUUUGGUAAUGUCACCCUGUCUUUUUGUUCCACGACUUUGUCGGUCAGUCCUGUUGUUGGUUUUGUUGUACCAUGACUUUCUUUAAAAAAAAAAAAAAAAAUUAAAAAAUAAAAAAAAUUAAAAAAUGUUUGUACCCAUGUAUAAUGCGCACCCCAGAUUUUAGGAGAAUAAAUUAGUUAAAUUUUGCGCACUAUACACGGAAAAAAACGGUAUACCCAUUCACAACGGUAUAUGGCGCCAUAUACGUAUCUUUAAAGCAGGGGUCACCAACACGUUGCCCGGGGGCACCAGGUCACCCGUGAGGACCUCAUGAGUCACCCGCAGGACUGUUCUAAAAUUAGCUCAAAUAGCGGCACUUGUCAGUGAGCUGCAUCUAUUUAUUUUACAGUCAAACCUCGGUUUUCGAACGUCCUGGUUCUCGAACAAAUCGGAAUUCUAACAAAAAAUUUGAGAUUUUGCUUUGGUUGUCGAACAAAAUUCGGAGGUCGAACCUCGCGAGAUGAGCCGGGAGGACCCAAGAAAACCCGACCGCGCGGCCCGAAUGCGGACUGACUCCGUUGUUAUUGUAUUUUCGUUACUUUGAGGAUUCUAUUAACCCUUAAUCAUGUCUCCAAAAAAAGUAAGUGGGACCAGUAAAGCCAUCCUAAAAUACAAAGAUGCUCUUAAAGGAAUGCGACAGUGAGUGCCCGGCGCCCUGCGGUUGCGCGAUUGGACCAAAUUAAGCUCCCUGCGCACUAAGGUCCACUUAAAUUUUGGAAAGUACAUCAGGACUUUAAAAAUAUUUUCUAAAUUUUAGCGACGGCUCUGUCACAAUAAUGCGGUGCAGUUGCGCGGUGGGCGACACGUUACGGUUUCGCGUUCGGCGGUGCGCUGCAGGUGCGCGAUCGGACAAAUAUGCGCAAAUGAAAAAAUGCUUCAAAAACGCGAGUUUUUUUUGUCUUGAAACGGAUUAAAAAAAAUUCCAUUAUUUGUAAUGGGAAAAAUAGAUUCGGAAUUCAACCGAUUUGCUUCUCGAACCACCUUCUAGAACGGAUUGUUGUCAAAAACCAAGGUUUGACUGUAUUUUUGCUAUUUUUGUUAAAAUCACACUUACAUGUGAACUGGAAAUGACAAUAAUAACACAGUGAAAAACAAAUUGAGCAAAUUGGCUAUUUCAGAAGUCUGUGUCAAACUGGGAGCCCUUGGCCUUAAUCAGUACCCAGGAAGUAGCUCUCGGUUUAAGAAAGAUUGGUGACCUUUGCUUGAAAGCGAAUGCUGAACUUAACUCCCCAGGUCAAAGCGAACCCAUGCCACGAAGAAGAAAUAUAAAAAUAGCGGUAGCACUAGGAAGAAAAAUAAAAAAUAGCGGUAAGAAAGAAAGGAGAAGAAAAUGAGAGAAGAGAUAACAGAAAAUGGAGAAACAGUAGGUUUAUUUACAUCUCAAAAACCUGAAUUUACAAAUGUGAUUGCACUUUAGUUUCUAUGUUUAAAUGUUCAGAUAUUAAGAUGCGAUAUGAUGUGUUUUCCAGCUCAGUUGCCUAGUGGUAGAGUGUCCGCCCUGAGACUGGAAGGUUGUGGGUUCAAACCCCGGCCGGGUCAUACCCAAGACUAUAAAAAUGGGACCCAUUGCCUCCCUGCUUGACACUCAGCAUUAAGGGUUGGAAUUGGGGGGUUAGAUCACCAAAUGGUUCCUGAGCACGGCACCGCUGCUACUCACUGCUCCCCUCUCCCCCAGGGGAUGGAUUAAAAUCACGUGGGGAUGGGUUAAAUGCAGAGGACAAAUUUCACCACACCCAGAUGUGUGUGACGAUCAUUGGGACUUUAACUUUAACUUUAUGUGAUAGACAGAUUUUGCAUGAUUUGAAUGAGGCAAAAUAACAUGCUUUUUUCUCUCGAGUAUAUUUGUUUCAGAUGUCCUGUAAUCAUUUUCUGUAUAAAAAUUUAAUUUGGUGUUCAAAAAGUAUUUUUUCAAACUUGAGUCUUGAAAAAGAGGGAGUCGUCUUAUAGUCAGGGUCGUCUUAUAUUCGGGCCAAUACGGUAAUAUAAUAUAAUAAAAUAUACCGUAUUUUCCGCACUAUUAGGCGCAACUUAGAUUUUACUAAAAAAAACAGAGUGCGCCUUAUAAUGCAGAGCGCCUCAUAUAUGGAUCAAUUGAUGAAUUUGUUGAGCCAUACUGGUUGUACACAGUGCUCUGCCAAAAUGUUUCAGUACGUUUUAGUACGACUAGUAAAUUAAAUUAAGGUCGCAUCGCUUCCCAACAUUACGGCAACUGUAGUCAGGGGGCGUGACCGAAUAGCUGUUGUACCCGUGAGGCUAUUUCAUUUCAAAAUAGGCUGCUCCGUUAAUGUUUCGAGUAAAUUUACGGAUUGAUAUGGAAGGGAAACAUAGGUAAGCAGUACCAAUGUGUUAGAUUGACCUUUAGUCAGUUCCGAUCAUUUUAUAGGAGAUCGUUUGAGAAACGCGAUUUACACUUUGCUGAGGCUCAUGGGAGAUUGCGAGCUGAGGCUCAUGGGAAUUUGCGGAUGGCUAAUGUUAUAACGAUGGCUGCUAUACGCACCAGGCUAUUUCAUGUCAAAAUAGGCUGCUCUGUUAAUGUUGCGAGUAAAUCUACGGAUCGAUAUGGAAGGGAAACAUCGGUAAGUAGUACCAAUGCGUUAGAUGGAACUUUAGUCAGUUCCGAUCAUUUUAUAGGAGAUCGUUUGAGAAACCCGAUUGUUUACAGAGGGCUCGUUGGUUAUUGGCUAGUGGAUGCAUACCGCAACCCUAGUCAACCUCAGUUUGUUGCAGUAUAGCUUCUAUUUUAUGCGCCUUAUAAUCCGGUGCGCCUUAUAUAUGGACAAAGUUUUAAAAUGGGCCGUUCAUUGAAGGUGCGCUUUAUGAUCCGGUGCGCCUAAUAGUGCAGAAAUAACGGUACCUUAUUUUUCGGACUUAAGUCGCAUCUUUUUUUCCAUUGUUUGGGUGGGGGGGCGACCUAUACUGAGGAGCGACUUAUACGUAUGUGAAUUUUUUCACAAAUUUUCAAAAUUCCAAAAAAGGGAUUACUGUAAUUUGAAUUUCAAGUGACGUCAGCGGCAUGGCGUGGCGCGGCGGUUGUUUACAUAAAGGACAAAGAUUCGAUCACGGGAUGACGAAGGGCCCCACGUACUACCAGCAUCAUUAACGACUUUGUUUGUAAGUGACACGGAGGACGAAGAGUUUGAAACAGGGCUGUGGACUCGGUCGGAUUUUUGCACCGAGUCCGAGUCCGGCCUCUUGACCAGGAGUCAGAGUCCGAGUCCGGCUGUCCAUUUUUUCUGUUAAUUCAUGUGACUGGUUAGUCUUUAUUCAAGGUUAAUUUAGAUCAAAAUCUAAAUAAUUACAACAGUUUUGUGAUGGCUUCGUCUUUAUUAAACAUAUAAACGAAUACAAUAAACAGAUACUUUCAAGGUUUAAUCAUUAAUUACACCAUUAUAGCUCAGACAUUUAUCUAAACACAAAUAAUUAGUGACGACCCCACAACUAUCGCAAAGAAACUCCUCUUUUUGGGUACAGGCUACAAGAAGUAUAUAUAUUGCAAAGGAGACUUUAUACUUAAUUGUGAUCAUCAUUCAUCCAUCUAUCCAUUUUAUUUUAUUACUCAGAUAUUUUCAAAGCAAAUUAAUAUUGUUGCAUUUAUUAAUUUGCUUUAACAUGACAGCACAAUAUAAUUAAAAGCUGACAUCAUAGCAAUGUCAAACGUGUUCAUUUAAGAAAAAGCCACACACAUUUUGUGAUCAAAUCUUUCAUAACGAGAAUGAUUUGAGUGAAUUUUUUUAUUGUCGGACUCGGUGGACUCGGUCAAAAUCAGCUCCGAGUCCGAGUCCGGCAAAAAUGACCGAGUCCGACCCUGGUUUGAAAGGCUAUCAUGGCUUUUACGCAUCCCCGGUCCUACUCUACUGAACUCUCCUUCACCUCCCUGGAUGGAAGUCGGGGGCCGGUGCUCCGCCGGGUGGCUGUCCGGGGACGGUGGAUGGGGCUCAGACAUGGCUUUUACGCACGCCCGGUCCUAUUCUAUGGAGCUCCCUUCCACCUCCGUGGCUGGAAGUGCCACCUCCGGGGAUGGAAGUCCAUGCCGCCACAUGCCUGGAAGUCCACGCCAGUGCUUGGGGCCGUGUGGCGGUGAACUAUUUGUUAUAGUUUUUUGAUAUAUUUUAUUUCGUGUAGUAACUUGUAUAUGUUUUCAUCAUUACAGUUCAGUAGUUGUUGGCUUGUUGAACUUUUGUUUUGUUAAAUAAAGAGCCGUUUACCAAAACCACAUCUUUCCUUGUACUUUAACGCUACAGUAUAGUUAUAUACUAGAUCUGUGGAAUAACGACGAGGCUGAUGCCAGGGCGCACGCAUGGUGUUGUUGACAAAGGACGAGGAAUUUGGUCGAUGGAUUUAAUGAUUUGGAGUGACACAGAUGGUUUGAUAAUAUUAUUGCUUAUAUAAUAGUUAUUCGAUAUAUAAUUUAUAUAUCGUUAUAUGGGCCUGUGGAAUAUUUUGAAGUGCAAGCGAUGGAUUUAAUGAUUUGGAGUGGCACAGGUGGUUUGAUAAUAUUAUUGCUUAUAUAAUAGUUAUUUGAUAUAUAAUUUAUAUAUCGUUAUGUGGGCCUGUGGAAUAUUUUGAAGUGCAACCGCCGUCAGCGGCGCGCACCCGGCCGGCAUUGUUGACAUAAAGGAUGAUCGAUGGAUUUAAUGAAUUGGAGUGACACAGAUGGUUUUAUAAACGUGUUCUUUAUAUAAUACCGUUUUUUUCCGUAUAUAAUGCGCCCCCAUGUAUAAUACGCACCCUAAAAAUGGCAUGUUGAUGCUGGAAAAAAAGCCUGUACCCAUGUAUAAUACGCACCCAAUUUUUUAAAUUUAUUUU